AUGAUAAGCGGCAUUAGAGUAAAUGAUACUUGUGUUACUGAAUUUAAUAACAUGAAGAUAAGGAAGACUUGUCGAUGGAUAAUUUUUGUUAUAGAGAAAUGUGAAAUAAUUAUACAUUCGAAAGGAGCCACAACCACUUUGAAGGAGUUAGUAGAAUCUAUUGAUCAAAAUGAUAAAAUCCAGUGUGCAUAUGUUGUUUUUGAUGCAGUCAACAAGAUUCAUUUCUUCAUGUAUGCAAGGGAAUCAUCAAACUCUAGAGAUAGAAUGACAUAUGCCUCAAGCAAACAAGCAUUAUUGAAAAAAAUUGAAGGAGUAAAUGUUCUAACAUCAGUUAUUGAAAGUGUUCAAGAUGUACCUGAUUUUAAAUAA